CAGGUCUGUAGAUAGCAGCUAAAAAAAAAAAGCAUGCACCAUUAUGUUGGGCAAAAGGUGGAUUCCAAACGUUGCCCCACCGCGGAGGGGUUUCUGCAGCUGUCAACUUUCCGCCAUAUGUUUCCGCCAUGUCCCUCUACCGGUGAUCCGCGCUCUGUGGUUCUGCAUCCCCCCCCCACAGUUCCAUGCUGCAGUAAUCGAAAUUGAAUACAACACUAAAAGGAGCGGUCGGGCGCAGUGGAAAAGAGACAGGUGCGCAUACGCCGUCUCACAGCUGUGCACCCCCCAUCCCUUCCUACGUGCGGGCAGGGAAUGUCAUGGGUUUACUGACACCAUGGCUGACCUUCUCUUCCUGCGACCGCUCACGAUGCGUGACAUAAUAAAUUGCCAAUUACUGAUACCGCACUUUGAAGUGGUGGAUGGCACCCUGAUUUGUCUGACAUUCCUCUUAUUGCCCUUUGAUGAUUAUUGCCCUCUCUGUAUAGAGCCCACCACUGUAGUGGAUUCCAGGACAUUGAUGGCCGGCGAAUUUUAGAGUGGAGCUACUCUGAAGCUCUGGUAUAAAAGCCAGUCUCGACGGUGUGAGCCCAUCCUGCUCCCUUUCCUCUCAAUUUUGCAUCCAUAGCAUCUACUCAACACCAACCGGACUUCCGAUGGUCAUGAUCCAAGUAGCUAGCUCCGCUAUUCUGGAUGCCUUCCAGCAAAAUCAGAUCCUCUUGCAUCUUCCACCCGCCAUGCAGGGCCGAUCCAGGGACAAGCCUCCAUCUCUCAUGGGAUUGUCGAU